AUGAGUUCUAAUACUAAUACUCAAGCAUUUCAACCUGUAGGAAAAGCAUUACCAAGGGAGAUCAUCAAAUGGAUACAAGGACUUGAUCUAAGUUAUUCUGUAAAAGAUCCUAGAAGGUAUAUAUUAAUGUUUAUAACUUAUUUAGAGAUUUGAGCAAUGGUUUUUUAAUUGCUGAAAUUUUCUCACGAUAUUAUCCUGGAAGAGUAUAAAUGCACUCUUUUGAUAAUUCACAAAAGGAUGAAAGGAGAUAAAACAACUAUUAACAAUUAGAGCUCUUUUUUAAAAAGAAUGAUAUAGUAAUUCCAAAUCAUAAAGGAUUUGCUGAAAUUUUAGAUAAUGAUUGGAAUGCCCUUUAUAAUUUUCUUGUUAGCAUUUACAGUUUAUUAACAUAGAGAAAGUAUUUAAUUAAUAUUAAAAAGGGUUAUUAAUCCUCCUUUGGCAUCUUAUGUGAAUUCUAAAGAAUUUGCCACUUCUACUUAAAAUACUUAGACUUUCUUAUUAAAAGAAAAAGGAAUAGAGAAAUUAUAAGAAGAGUAAAAACAAGAAGAUUAAUUCUAAAAAGAAUAGCUUUCUGAAAAGCAUGCACCUUUGUCAGUUUCAUCUAAAAGAACUAAUUUUAUGAGGGUUCCAAGCAAACCAAUAAGUUAAAAUUUAGAAAAUCUAAACUAUCAAAUUGAAGUCAAAAAUAUAAGUUAUAGACCUGUUUAAGGGAGUUUAUUAAAAUUGAAGGAGGAAUAAUAAUAAUUAGAAAAAUAAUAGGAAAAACUUAAUUCAAAUAACGAUAGAUAAAUAUAGGAUUCAUUUUAAAAAACACCAAUGGAUGAGAAUAAGAGAGAAACAACAUCAACAAGAGAAAAAUAAUUAGAUAAAUCAAUAUAUGAUGUAUAAAUUUUAUAUAUAAUAAAUAGAUUUUAAAUGAAGCAUUAACAUAAAGAUAAUAAUUUGCAUAAUUUGCAUAAACAGUUUAAUUCAAAUAGAAUGGCACUGCUCUAUAGAGUUUUAUAGAUCUAAUUGAUAUUUAUCCUGAAGAUUUUGUAAAUGGAUUUUUUUAGGAAUUAAUAACAUAGAAAGAAGCAUAUAUAAAUUUUAUAUUCAAAGACACAAAUGAAGUAUGGAAAUUUUUUAAAUUUACAUUUUAAUGUAUUUAAAAUUUACCAGUUUAAAGAGUUCAUGUUUGUAUUGAUUUGGUUAAUUAAUUUGGCGCAAGAUCAUUAUAAAAGGAUGCAUUAAAAACUAGAUCAUUAUUUUUAGAAUUCUUUUUACCAGAAAUAUGUAAUCUUAUAAAAUAAAGUGUUUUUUUUGAAAAGAAAUAGCUUUUAAUUUAAAUGAUAUGUUCUUUUUAAGAACCUAUGUUUAAAUAUUAAGUUAUUUAAACAAUGAAAUAGAAUUUAUCAGUUGAACAUUUUAUGUAAUGUUUAGCUGUCUUUUCAGGAUUUGAAUAAGAAUCAUCAGAUUUGUGGAAUGAUAUGAAACGAUAUGGAUAUAUAUAUUUUUUAUCUGCUUCAACAUCUUUAAGUUCAAGUGCAUUAGCUAUAUUAUGUAAUGCAGCUAAAGCUAAUUCUUAAGUGAAAAUUGAUAAACAUGUUAUAGCAUUGGCUAAAAAUAGAUGGUGGUAAAAUCGUUGUCUAUGUGUUAUAUUAUUUAGUGAAAUGAUUAGAGGAAUAAUCAAAACUCCAAAUUAUUAAAAUUUAAUUAAGUCUCCUUAAUAAGGAUAGAAAUUCUUUUCUAUUGAAAAUGACAGAAUAAUUUCAGAUUUAAAAGCAUAAGUUAAUCAUUUCUCUAAAGGAAUAGAAAUAGCUUCAUUACCUAUAGAUUCAGAUAUUCUUAUGACAUAAUCAUUAAUUCACAUAGUGGAUUUAUUAGGAGAUAGUAAAAUAUUAUUAGAGUUAUUUGUUAAGAUUGUUCUUGAAGUAUCUUAAGAAUCAAGAUAAUGGGCUUUAUUUAGUUAAGAAUAAUAAGAUGAAUAUGAUUUCUUUAUUCCAUCUGAUAAAAGUUUUAAAUUUAAAUUAAAUAUUAACUCAUAAUAUGUAAAAUAAGUUUCAUUUUAAUUACUAUUGCAUUUAGUUGAAUUAGUAAUAAAUUUAUCAUUAUUUUAUAGCUCAAUACAUAGAAAUUAUUAAAUUUACCAUUAGGACAUUUUGAAUUACUUCAUUGGUGUUUUCAAAAUACAGAUUUUAAAAUAUAAAAUAUGGAAUCAUGUGAAUAGAUUGCUAAAGUAACUAAAGAAUAUGUUUAUUUGGGUUUAAGUGAUCCAACUGUUUUAUUGUAUGCUAAUGAUUUAGCAAAAUAAUUGCUUGAUUUAUAAUUUAAAGCAGAAGUUUAAAUAGAAAAUCAUGAUAAAAUAUUUGCAAAUUGUAUUAGAUUAGCAUUAAAAGCUGAGAAUGAUCAAGUAUUAAACAAUAUUGUUGAAUUUAUUGAAAAUUUAGUAGCAGAAUCUGGUUAAAGUGCAUCAGAUGGAAUGAAGAAGUAAUAAAAUAAUUAAAUUGAUAGUUUUAUACGAAGUGUUUAUGAUGAAUUAGACUAAAUGAAUCCUUCACCAUUAUCAAAUCCUAAAAUAUCUAAAUGUUUUGAAAGAGUUAAUGAUAAACCAUAUUAAUCACCACAUCCAGAUGUUUCAGAUGUUUAAAUUUAAGAUGAAUAACAAUCUGAUUUUUAAUAUUGA